AUCGUUCCAACAUAUUGAGAGUUGUCGCCUUUUGCAGCGCCCAAAAUUGUUUCCAAUCUUCGCCACCUAGAUAUCUGACGUUGCAUUGUCUCCUAGCAUCCGACAUGAUCGACUGGCCCGAACAUCAACUUCCAACUUUGGACCGCUUAGGGGUGACAGAUCCAGGGAACAUCUCCGCGCUUGACACUGCCCGCUCCUGGUUCAGCGCAUUUUCUGAUGCCAUCCAGUCACACAACGCCACCGCCGCCACCGAUCUUUUCCUGGAUGGCGGGUUCUGGAAGGAUAUCCUCGCCCUGACGUGGGAUCUGAGAACAAUUGGCGGGCGAUCGGGGAUACAAAACCUCUUGAACGCUCGUCUCGCUGCGACGGGCAUCACAGCCUUACACCUUUCCGAAGAUGGCCUCCGAGCACCCGAACUACAAAGGCCAUACCCCGACCUCGUGCUCCUCCGCCUUCACUUCACCUUUGAGACUAAGGUUGGCCGCGGAUCGGGUGUAUGCACUCUUGUACCCGUAUCUGUAUCGGACUCCGGCUCCGCACGCGUGUGGAAGGCCUACACGGUAUUGACUUGUCUUGAUGGGCUACAAGACUUCCCUGAGAAGGUCGGGCACCUCCGGAACCAGAAACCAGAUCACGGCACCUGGGAGACCAAACGAACAAAGGAGAACGAAUUCCCCAACAACGACCCGACCGUCGUCGUCGUCGGCGCUGGGCACGUCGGCCUCGAGAUCGCAGCGAGACUCAAAUAUCUGGGUAUUCCUGCUCUUAUCAUCGAGAAGACACCUCGCGUAGGCGAUGUAUGGCGAACUCGCUACAAGGCGUUGUGUCUUCAUGACCCGGUUUGGUACUGUGAGACACCGUAUCUCGGCUUUCCAUCGUCGUGGCCCGUCUAUACGCCAGCACCAAAGCUCGCGGACUGGCUAGAGGGCUACGCCCAUUUUCUCGAGCUCAACGUCUGGACUGCGUCGAAUAUCUCCGGCACGGCUUGGGACGAUACCACCAAGACAUGGACCGUGGACGUCGACCAUGGCGGGAAGGAGAAGCGGAAACUAACAGCAAAACACCUGGUGUUUGCAACGGGGUUUGGCGGCAAGCCUGUUGUUCCCAAUGUCACUGGAAAGGAAAUUUUCAAAGGCAAAGUUGUCCACUCGUCUCACUAUACCUCUGCCGCGGACUACGUAGGGAAGAAAGCGGUUGUCGUAGGCGCUUGUAACUCGGGACACGAUAUUUGUCAAGACUUCUACAACCACGGCGUUGAUGUAACGAUGUAUCAACGCUCAUCUACUUUUGUCAUAAACGUUGAGUCCGCUAAACUCCUCCGAUCGGACUUCAAGGAAGGCUAUCCUGUGGACCUCGCGGAUAUCUAUGCUGCGGCCUAUCCUAAUGCCGCAGUCCGAGGGUUCCAUCAGCGACUAGCGCCUCACGUCGCCAAUACCCUUGACAAGACAAUCAUUGAUGGUCUCGCGACGACUGAGUUCAAGACCAACCUUGGUCCUGGUAACGCGGGAAUUGUCCCUCUGUUGUAUGCUAGAGCCGGAGGGUACUAUUUAAACAUCGGGACGAGCCAGCACAUCAUCGAAGGUCACAUCAAAGUCAAAAACGGAAGCGCGAUCGAGUCGUACACCGAGACGGGCCUUCGCUUUGCCGACGGGACAGAGCUUGAAGCAGACGUCGUCGUGUUCGCCACGGGAUAUGGAGACCCUCGGGAUGCCAUGUACGAUAUAUGUCCGCCCGAGGCGGCGAAGAAGGUGGGCCCGGUGUGGGGCUUUGACAAAGAGGGGCAAGUUUCUGGGAUUUGGAGGCCGUCGGGGCACGAAGGUAUCUGGUUCGGCAUUGGGAACCUCGCUAUGGCAAGGUUCCACAGCUUGCAUUUGGCUAUGCAAAUCAAGGGACUCGAAGAAGGGCUGUAUAAGAUGGAAGAACUCGCUUUCUGAGCUGUAGAAUCAAACUACAGCCGUCACAUACUAAAAUCAGUGUACACCAUAUUGGAAAGCCGAUUUGGAACUAUAAAUGUAUCAUAUCA